AUGGCCGUUUCCGUCGACUCGACAACCCAACAAUCGGAGAUCCGUACCGCCUGUGCUGGACCUCAAAUCACCGACGCCGAGCUUCGCACCGCCGUCAACUCGACGCUCCGUUCUCGUGGAAAGGCGUCGACUCGUACCGCGUUGAGCACCGCCACCGCCAUCCCAUCUGGCGUCAGCUACGAUAAAAUGGUCUCCGCGUUCACCACGAUCACCUUCUCCUACAUCCUCCUCGCCAUCACCACCUACGUCCAAGCCACCGUUAGCUUGUUCCACGUCGCCUAUUUCUCGUAUCGCAACCCGACGGUUUCAAAGGAUCUCAUCAAAACGGCCGCCCAUCUUCUGAAGACGUCCUACGACAACAAGCUGCUGACUGGAACCGAAAUCGUCGAGGUCACGCACAACUCGAUCAUCGCGCCGAUGGUUCGCCACAACCAAAAGUAUCAUCAGGAGGAGAAUCAACGUACCGCGCAAUUGCAGACGAUGAGAACCUCGACAGCCGUCUCUCAGUAG